UUGGCGUUAAGAAGCUGAGUCCUACCACCUGUUUAAGCGGCUGGGUGUUUCUCUCAGCUUGGAAGCGUAUCAAUCUUUCAGUGUGAAGCCUGGACCACUUGCUCUAGAUGGAGCCCGAACUGGUCAGCACGAAACCGGCCGAACCCAUCUACUACAGCGGGAAGCUCCCUUUGAAGUUAGCCAAGGAGCGGUGACUCGAAGAGAGCUGAUUGGCUCCCUGCAACAGGUGCAGAGCGCUGGGGGUUUGGAAGCCACUACCCUGCCAGAGGGGUGAGGAAUGCAAGGCAGCCGAGGCCGGGAGGCGCGUGACGCUCGGCAGGCGCAGGUCUUCCGUCGGGAUCACGCUUUCCCUUCCUCCUCCUCCUCCGUUCCGUGGACAAUGGGACAAACCCGGAACUCCGGCCCGAGAGCUGUGCAGGCGGCGAGAGCGUUGCUCCCCUCCUUCGCCUAGCAGCGGCGAGAGCGCGGCGAAGCCCUGCGUCCGAGGCACCGGAGAAGGAGCCCCAUGGAGCUCGCGGAGGUCGACUUGGCCGAGGCAGAACCGCGCAGCUGCGUUGCGGAGCCGCCUGUUCGGAGCAGGGUAGGCAGCAACGCGGGCAGCCCGGCGGAGGACGAGGAGGCGGAGCAGGAUCCCGGCCGGAGCAGAAGGGCCAGCCGCGCCUCCUCUCUGGUGAGUGGCCUGCUAACCGAGCUCUACAGCGUGGCGCGCGCUCGCCACCGCGACAGCGUGGACAGUUCCACGGAGGCGUCCGCCGGCUCCGACGCCUUCCCCGGGGGGAGAGGCAGCAGCGCCGAGUCCCGCGUCCUGCAGGAGCUGCAGCGGAACUCGGGUCAGCGGCACCAGAGGAAGUACCUCGCUCGGAAAGAUAUUAGUGAAUUGACAACUGUAAUACGGGAGUUGAAUUAUAGAAUUUGUGUUCAGUCAGCAAAACUGCUACGACUUCUGAAACAAAAAGACAGACUUUUACAUAAAGUGCAGAAGAAUUGUGAUAUUGUAACAGCCUCCUUGCAGGCAGUUUCCCCCAAACGGC